AUCAUGGGCCCUGAAAACAGCAAAUCUCGACCGUGAUGCUGUCAAUAGUCUCUUAAAGCUGAGUCGAGUGAAGGCUUGGCGGAAUAAGGGGUCCAUACAUAAUAAACCGACAAUCGCACGAUUUUGUCUGGGGAAGUAAGCUCUCAUUCACUCGUUUUUUGACCAAUUUUGUGGUCGUUUUUAUCGAGACUUGUUUCAAUAUGCAAUCCAUGCUUGCUCUCGUGGGCUUGGCCCUCGUUAAUUUUGCGGCUGCUGGUCCUUGUAAGCCUAGCGGCCCAACAUCGGUAUCAAGUCUUUCACUUACAUCCUCCGUCCCGACCGACAUUUCCGAGAGCUCCGACGUUCCCAGCUUGACCGUUCCCCAAUCGACAACUACAACUCAAGAAUCCGAUAUCAUCAUCACCAACGCCAUCGAAGGAGGAAGUUUCGUCGCUCGCAAUGCCAAUAACCCGCCUAGUGGACUUACAAACUUUGGUGCAUCCGGAAAUGCUGAGUUCCAUCAAGGUGGAUGCUACAAGGCCGAUGGCAGUCCCGAUGAUGGCUGCGCUGCAUUGACUGCCUCUGGAAACCCUGCUGGAAAGCGAGAUACUGGAUCGUUUGCUAGUAUUUGGCAGACUCUCAACUCGCUGAGCACAAGUUCUAAGAAUAAGUACACCGUUCAGUUUUACUACCUCGUCGCGUCGGCGGGUAGCCAAGAUUGUACCGUUACUGCAGCUCUGGGCAACAAGCAGUUCUACUCGCAGUCACUCUCCUCCGUCGGAACCAGCGUGUCCUGGACUCAUGUUCUUCAGCAGGUCGACGCUGAGUCUGCUUCUGCUACUUUUGCUAUCUCCAUGACAUGCGCUGGUAACGGCAUCUCUGUUAUCUUGGUCGACUCAAUCUUCAUCUCGAACCAGGUCACUCCUCAGAACAUUGGUAACUUCGUCCUCGACUUUGGCGUGCCCAAUACAAUCCCAGUUACAACCUCUCAACCCGAGUCUCUGCCAACAUCUACCGAGCGAACCGUUGAGCCCGAGACAUCCCAUACCAAGGACCCCAACGAGCCAACCCGCAACCCUACCACUUCUUCCAGUUCCUCAUCCGAGGUGUUUACUGAAAGAACUAUCCCCGAGACCAGCACUACCUCCCCACCCAGCACCGACACUACACGACCUGCCCAGCCCACCGAAACAGCCUGUAAGCCAGAAUGCGACUUCGCCAGCGGUUUCGAAACCACCCCCAGCUGGAACUGUCGAGUCUACGGUCUUUACAGCGGCCUGACGUACCAGCUCCCCAACCAGGACGACGAUGAGACACGACCUUGGUACGACAGCGCUGCAGACUGUGCCGAGAUCUGCAAGACGCUGCCUGGUUGCAAAUCGGCGGGCUACAUGUUUGCUCCUAGGAAGUGUUUCUUCUCAAACAAUGUUGUUACUCAAUCCGAGGUUCGGAAUAUGAUGGAUGAUGGUGCUGAUGUUGAUUGGUACGGCAUGGAUUGUUUCGCAUGCUCUGACUGUGACCACGGUUCUGCGGAGACAACUGUUCCUCAGGUUUCUUCUACGCCUGUCAACACUGACACUACUAUCCUACCCGAGCCAACAACCUUCACUACCAGAACCUCUGAGAGCCCCGUGACUACAACCUCCCCAGCUGAUGUCUGCCUCUUCAACCGCGGUCAAGAGUGCGAGUUCAACCGCUUCAAAGACCACAGCGACACUCUCUGCAUCUGGGCCGCAAUCUUCACCGGCACAACAUGGAAAGAGUCCCGUGAAGAUUAUCCUUACCAAGAUGGUCCUUACCAAUGCGCUGCUAUCUGCCAGACCCUAAAGAACUGUGAAUCAUCUGGUUACUACUCCACUGAGAACCGCUGCCUCUUCACAUCCAAGAAACUCCAGCGGUCCGACAUGAUCUCACAUAACGAUCGGCCUUUUGAUCACUCCGUCUGGAGUCACAACUCCUGCUGGACAUGUCCCACUUGCUCUGACACCGCCGCUCUCCCUGCUACGAAAUACUGCUCUUACGACCAAGGCGAUAGCUGCCGCGCUGUCUCUGGCAAACCAGGCGCUCUGUGUAACUACCAAGGAUUCUGGGAGGCGUACAACCAGCAGGAUCUUGCGAGAUAUCCUGACCAGAGCUCGCCUGAGAAGUGUGCGGCUAUCUGUAUGGCGCUAGACUAUUGUGUUGCGUCUGGGUAUAAGGAUGAUAGGUGUAUGUUUUCGUUCAGGGAGCUCAAGGUGGGUGAUUUCAGGGCAUGGCCUGAUCACUCGAGAGAUGGAACUUGGAGUGAUAACUCUUGCUUUGAGUGUCCUGGCUGUACCGCAUAA